ACAGAGUAAUUAAAAGAGGAAGCCUUAUUAAAAAGGUUUUGUUUUGACGUGCUUUAUCUGAUGAUACACUCCUAAAAGAAGAAAGCCAAAAAAAAUAUUCGCAAUAUUCAAACGUCACGGCAAGUUUUUAUUUAUUUUUCUGUUCGCGAGCUUUUAACCGCAAUAAAUUAAUUAAUACGACAAGUGAACCCCUUUCUUUAAAUAAUAUGCACUCGUCCUGAUUAUGGUAAGCCUAGGAACUAACUACAACACGGGAGGACGUUUUUUCGAGCAUUCGAACAUGGAUGAUCAAUUAGAACCAAUUUUGGCCGAAGAUGAGGAGAAUUUUAAGCCUUUGAAGACGGUAUUCCCGUUCAGCUUCCACCUGUUAAUAUCAUUGAUCAUAUCAUUGAUUGGAAUCGGACUUGCUGCGUGCUGGAAGGAUGACAAACGCUGUGAAGCCUAUUUUAUAAUGCUGUACCUACGAGCUGCUUUCUGGCUUUUGACUUAUUUGUUUGAUCGUUUCAUCAAACAUCGACACGAACAACUUCGAUUGAACGGAUAUCAUGACUUUCAUCGAGCAACAUCUGUGCAUAAGGGAAUCCCGUUGUGUAUUGUAUCCCUAUGGAAUACAGUUAUCAUGACCAUACAAACACUAAUUCAACAUUACUACGGACCGAAUUUCGGAUUCCAUUGUGUACAAGUCAUGUUGUCGCCGAUAGUUUACAUCACUCUAUUCUCAUGCCUCGAAACGAUUAUAUUCGUAGCAGUUCACGGAUCCUACAUAAUGAAAGUGCUCAAUUUUAAUUCGCUUCAACUUGCACCGGAUGCAAUGGCAUGUGGUGGUAGCCAUUCAAUUCAUGGUGGUUCAGUUGGUCUCACUCAAAGAGGUGCCGAUGUUGCUGAGCUUCUUGAAAAACAGGCCGAUUUGAUCAACUACUUAAAAGAUCAUAAUGAUAGACUGAAUGAGACCGUUUGGACGUUAAACGAAGAUGUUAAAUUAUUAAGAGAGAUGAUACGUGUUCGACAGUGAUUGUUAUUUUUGUACUUUCAGAAAGCCAGACAUUUUUUCAAUAAAUACCUAGAAAAGCGUA